UUCUUGGAAAAUCAAAACAAAGGUAAACUAAAACGUGUGAAAUAUCCUCGUUGAGGUCUGUCUGAAACAAACAGACGACGAAAGAUCAACCAAAAAAACCCAAACCCAAAAUUUCUUAUCAUUUCCCUCCCUCUCCCUGCUUCCUUCAGCAACGCUGCCAUUCUUUAAUCCUAAUCUUCUGUAUUUUUUAACAACUUUUCCCACACUUUUUCAAAUUCUUGGUAAGUCUUCAAAAUUUCCCUUUAAUUUCUAUACAGGCUCUCUUUCUAGGCAAAGUUCUUAACUUUGCUUGAGAACUAGGGUUUCGUUUCCCAAAACAUGACAAUAAAACCCUAGGUCUGGAUUCUCCAUCUGGGUUUUUAUUCUUUUGUUUAUUUCAUUGUUUUUUAGGAUUAAAAUGAUAGGUUUUAAUAGCUUUUAUAGUUCAAAAAACCCCAAAUUGAAAGGGGUUUUCAAUGGAUUCUGUACCGUGAUCCUAUUGUUUUUGUUUUACAAUCGGGUAGAUAUACUUACAAAUCCUUAUAUUGGUCACAAUUCUAUUCAAAGAGGUGAUUUUGGUGAUGGGUCGAGGGGUAAUUCGAUAAUUCAUAGACAAAUCAUUGAGAUCAAUGCUAAUUCAUCGAGUUUGGUUAAUGUGACUGGUGAUCAAAAUGAUUUGAGCUUAAAGAACCCGGCUUUAUGUAAUGGCUUGAUUGAUCAUGAUGGUUAUGCUAAUGAGUGCGAGUACUUGAAAGCUAACCCGGUGUGUUCAUCGGGUGGGUUCUUUGAUUAUAUCAAGUUUUUGUAUUGUGAUUGUGGUGAUUUUAGAGUGUUGGGUUAUGUGGUGUUGGGUAUUUGGCUUGCUGCUUUGUUUUAUUUGUUGGGGAAUACAGCUGCUGAUUACUUUUGUUGUUCAUUGGAAAAGUUAUCGAAUCUUUUGAAGUUGCCUCCUACUGUUGCUGGUGUAGCACUCCUUCCACUUGGGAAUGGAGCACCAGAUGUGUUUGCAAGUAUUGCUGCCUUCGUUGGAAAGGAUGCAGGUGAUGUGGGUCUUAAUAGCGUGUUGGGUGGUGCAGUGUUUGUUACUUGCAUUGUUGCUGGGGCUGUAUCAUUAUGUGUUGCGGAUAGGGAAGUUAAGAUUGACAGGAGAUGCUUCAUUAGAGAUAUCUGUUUCUUCCUUUUUACACUCAUGGCAUUGUUGAUAAUUUUGAUGGUUGGUGAGGUGAGUGUCGGGGCAGCAAUUGGUUUUGUCUUGAUUUAUGUGGUUUAUGCAUUUUCCGUGGUUGCUAAUGAGAUGUUGAGGAAACAUGCAGGGAGGUUGAAAUUGGAUGCUGUUACACCAUUGAUUCCCGUGCGAGGAAGUAUAUUUUCCCAAACAAGCAGUGAAGAGGAUGCAAACAUUUAUAGUUCUCUGCUUGACCUUGAGACUGACAGUGAUGUGCCCCAUCUACCUUCUUCCCUGCCAUCGUGGAUGUGGGCUUCAAAUGUGGCCAUAUAUUCCAAUCAUUCGUCAAAAAUCAGUUUGCUGGAUCAAGAAAGGCCUCCAUGGGGCUGGACUGAUGAGGGCAUGGGAAUCAGUAGCUCUUCAUUCUCAUGUUCAAGUUUGUUGUCACUGAUGGAGUUGCCAUUGACAGUUCCCAGACGGUUAACAAUCCCAUUAGUUGAUGAUGAAACAUGGUCAAAGCCAUAUGCUGUAGCCAGUGCUGCCUUGGCUCCUCUUUUACUGGCAUUUUUGUGGAAUAGCCAAGAUGAUGUGGGUCCUCAAAGCAGAAUUCUAGUGUAUUUUAUAGGCACUGUGGUUGGUUGCACGCUUGGUGUUCUUGCAUAUCAGCAUGCAAACUCCAAUCAUCCACCUCAGAGGUUCUUGCUUGCCUGGGUUCUUGGGGGAUUUUUUAUGAGCAUCGUGUGGUUCUACAUAAUAGCUAAUGAGCUUGUUGCUCUGUUAGUUGCAUUUGGCAUAGUCCUCGGAAUUAAUCCAUCAAUCCUCGGAUUAACUGUGUUAGCAUGGGGCAACUCGAUGGGUGAUUUAGUUUCAAAUGUUGCAUUGGCGAUGAAUGGUGGUGACAGUGCACAGAUUGCAAUGUCCGGAUGCUAUGCAGGUCCUAUGUUCAAUACUCUUGUUGGCUUGGGUAUCUCAAUGCUGCUUGGAGCCUGGUCACAGAGCACUGGUAUAUACAUUGUUCCUCAAGACAGUAGCUUGUUUUACACAAUGGGAUUUCUCAUAUCUGGAUUACUUUGGGCACUUGUUGUUUUACCUAGGAACGACAUGCGUCCUAGCAAGAUGUUAGGGGUGGGCCUUAUAACCCUCUAUGUAAUUUUUCUCUCAGCAAGGGUGACCGCUGCCAUGGUAUACGCAGCUAGUUGACCAGCUGCUAUCUUUCAGAAAUGCUAGAGUCAAGACUUUUAUUGUCAUGACAUUCUACUUGUAAAAUGCAAUUUGACAACUCUAUCAUAGCGCCUGUAUAUUCUAGUAACACUUGCUGUCAAAUUUUGAAUGACCUCCCUUUCAGGGGGCUCAAACUUUCACAUGGUAAAAGAACUAUUGUCGUGCCAAGAGGUUACCUUUCA